AAGUGGCACCGCAACAGAGGGACGUUAUCGCUUCCUAGCAGGCAUACUCAGUGGAGGAGCAGUGGACCAGGAGGAUGUCGGAGCCGCAGAGCGCCCCAGAGCAGCUGGCUGCUGGGAAGAGCCAGGGUGGAGCUGGAGCCACAUACAAGGUGGUGUUGUUCGAGCUUGAGAACUUCCAGGGCCGCAAGGCAGAGUUUUCUGCAGAGUGUAAAGAUGUAACAGAGAAGGGCCUUGAGAAGGUUGGCUCUGUGCUCGUGGAGUCAGGACCCUGGGUGGGUUUUGACAGCCAUGGCUUCAUAGGGGAGCAGUUUAUCCUGGAGAAGGGCGAGUACCCACGCUGGGACACCUGGACCAACAGUCAGAACAGCUACUCCUUCUUGUCUCUAAGGCCACUCAAAAUGGAUGGUGCUGAACACAAGAUCCACCUGUUUGAUAACACUGGAUUCACUGGCAAGACGAUUGAGAUCAUCGAUGACGACAUGCCCAGUUUGUGGGGUCAUGGUUUCCAGGAUCGUGUAGCGAGCGUCAAGGCUCUUAACGGAACAUGGGUUGGCUACAUGUACCCAGGCUACAGAGGGCGCCAGUUUAUCUUUGAGCGAGGAGAGUUCAAGCACUGGAACGACUGGGAGGCCCCAGCACCUCAGAUCCAGUCUAUCCGACGUGUGCGGGACAUGCAGUGGCACAAGAAGGGGUGUUUCACUGUUCCUGACCCGGCCCCCGCCCCGGCCCCCGCCCCAGCCCCUGCCCCAGCCCCUGCCCCAGCUCCCGCCCCGGCUCCUGCCCCUGCCCCUGCGCCUCCGGCCCCUCCUGCUGCGGCCGGAGCCAGUUGAACAGGAUCCUCACCGACCUCCAACCCCCCCACCUCUGCAGCCUCUCCCACGCUGCCACCACUGCCCGCCCUCUGCCUUACCCCAACCAUGGCAAAAUGCUGCUUGUGCCCAGUGAGAAGUGCUAUGUAUGUUUCAGUGGCGAAUAAAAGUUGUUUGACCCGGAGUUGGCCAUGUUUGUCGGUGAUGUUAUACUUGUACGUCAAGGUGGUAUUGGUCAGCUGCAUUAUCUAGGAUAAUGAAGAUUUGAGAAAAGCAUUAUCAGAAAUGUAAAGCUGAAAGAAACUUCAGAGACAUUAAAGUAGGAAGAAAGUACAUCUGACUAUUCAUCCAUUAAGACAACAAGCUACAGAUGUGUUUGUAACUUCAUUUUAUUUGGAUAACUCCACGAGUCAUGUGUGCCACGUUCUUUGCUUGUGUUAAGUCUCAAAGACGGCUCAUAACCUCGCCCAGCAUUAGGAGUGCAUGAAUUAUUCGAUGAAUACGUUGAUUCACAUCUGCUGAACAUCAAUGGAAAUGAUGAUGUCAUAUGUAUGCUUGCUAUUAAAACAUAGUGAACUGCA